AUGAUGAUGACGAUGAUGAGGCGCAUGAUGAUGACGAUGAAUUCGAUAAUCUUGGCGAUGGGGAAAGUGAACAAAAAGAGAUUAGUUGAAAUUCUAAUCAGUUUUGCCAUCGUUUGCAAAACGGAAAAAAAGGUAUCAGCGCUAGCGUUUGAUCAGCAAGGCACGAAAUUUGUCACUGGCGGCUAUGACUACCUCGUGAAUUUGUUUGAAUUUCAAAAAAUGGAUCUAAGUUUACGCAGUUCUCGAGAACUUAUGCCAUGCGAAAGGUUAGUUUUUAUAUUUUUUGGAGCAUAA